CCUCCUACUGAGCAAGAUAUGUUGGGGCAGCAGCCAAAAAGUUUACUGCACUGAUUUCUAACACAUCUUAUAUUUACAUCGGCACAUUCAAACUAGCAAAACUACUUGCGAAAGCUUACAAGCAACAAAAUAUAUUGGGUGGAAGACAAGUCAAGUCCAUUGUGUUGGAACCAUGGUUGUUGGGAAGAAGUUGGCCAAAGAGUCCCUGCUACCGUCUGUGCUGGAGGAUGAUGACGCGGAGACGGAGAGCGAGAGAGCGCAGCUGGGUGGGAUUGGGAGCCGACCACCCAGCAGACCCAGGAAAGCUUUCAGUAGGGGAAGUGUUGACAGACAGACAGUGACCCGGUCAGGGUCCGGCCGCCACUCUAGCCCUGAGGGGGAGGUGUCAGUCAGGGGUGAGAGAAAGGAGGAUGAGGGGGAGAAGGAGGAAGAAGAGGGCAGUGGAGGUGGCGAUGGAGACACACAGGAGAGGGGGAAGGAAUGUGUCAUCACAGCUUCAGAUGAGGACUAUGACACAGACUUGGAGCUGGGAGAUGUGAGGGAGGCGUAUGACCCGACGGGCCAGACUCAAUACAGGGAGGCGUGUAGAAUGUUCAACGUAGUCCCUGUAUCCUAUUUCCUGAAACACAUGGGCAACACUGAGCUGACCAUGAUGCACCAUGGCCUAGGGCCUCAGGGCACCAAAGCACUGGCGGUUUCCUUGGUAACCAACACUUCCCUCCUGAAGCUGAACCUCAGGGAUAAUUGCAUGGAAGGGACUGGCGGGGCUGCCAUGGCCGAGAUGUUAAAGGAGAACUGUUACAUCACAGAGGUGGACCUGGGGGAGAACAGGCUGGGGGAGUGUGGUGCCCAGACCCUGUCCAGUAUGCUGCUGGAGAACACCACACUGAUCUCACUCAGCAUGUCCGGGAACGAGCUGGCUGACCGGGCCGCACAACACCUGGCCCAGACCCUGACCUCCAACACCAAGCUGGAGACCCUAGACCUUAGUCACAACACCAUAGGAGACGCAGCAGGUCAGGUCCUGGGACAUGCUAUCGCUGAGAACACAGGGCUGAAAUCAUUGAGUCUGGCCUGGAACUGUAUACGUGGGAAAGGAGCGGUGGCUUUGGCUAAAGGCCUUGGGGCCAACAUAUUCCUCAGGACACUGGAUCUGUCUUACAACGGCCUGGGUAAGGAUGGAGCCGUAGCUUUAGGAGAGGCUCUCAAAGACAACAACACUCUAGAGGACCUCAAUAUAAGUAACAAUCGAAUACCCCCUGAAGGUGCGAUCCGCUUCACCAUGGGCCUCAAAGUAAACAAGACAAUAAAAAAACUCAAUAUGGGGAGGAAUCCUAUACAGACUGCCGGGUGUUACGGAGUCCUGAAAGCAAUCCAGGGAAACCCAGAAUCAGCUAUGGAGUGCCUGGACUUUUCUGACAUAACAGUGAAUCAGGACUUUGAGGAUUUGUACGUUGCCUUAACAGACAUAUUCCCAAACAUCAGAGUCAAACAUGGAGGAAGAAUCAACACAUUCAGAAAACCAAAGGCCUAAGUGAGAGGUUUUCCAUUUGAUUACUUUGCAUUACCAAGCAACUACCCAAAGUCUAUAUUGUUUUUGCAAAACAAAGCAGUGAAACAUUACAAUGGUUUGUUCUAUUAGAGAGAAUCACCAACCAUGAAGGGAGUCUGAAUGAAACAAGUUAAUAAGUUGUUAGACUAAUACAAUUUUGUUUUUAUUUUUUUUAAUUUCCUUAGUGGCCUGGUUUGACCCAUCAAGAGGAGAUAUUUUCUUCAAGAUAGCAAAGUGUCUGGAAUAUCAGAUGUUUAGGAAAUCUAGGUGAAUUGAAUGCACAGUGCAUUGACAACCUUUCUCACCUACAGCACCAAGACAACUUGUCAAUUGUACUGAAGAACUACAGUACUUGUACUUUACAUCUUAGUGCUUGUGGAAAUGGGCACUCCAUUUUUGGGAACAUCAUGAUCUGUAUAAAUGAUAUAUUGCUUUCACAUCCUAUCUGUACUGUGUGCAUUUCUAUAUGGUCUAUGUUGGACAAUGUGUACAGAUAAUAGGGCCUACCCACCAGACCAUCACACUCAUAUUUUCAACCUGGACUCAGGGGUAGACGUUAUAUAGUAAACAUAAUCCUUGGCACUCCAAUUAGGGUGUGAAUGUUAUUUGUAAUUAGAUAGAGAAAAUCCGACCUCUCUGAAAUGAAAAUGGAUGGCCAUCCUUUCAGCGAAGUUUAUUUUACCUAAACCCUCCCCGAACGCUUGAAAAAAAACAAGUGACCCUCCCCUAUACCCAAAAGAAUAAUGAAAACAUAAAGUGGAUAGCAAAGAGCAUCCUUACCCCACUUCUUGGACAGACCAGAGCCUUAGAUAUGCCAUUUUAAUACCACACAAAUUACUGAAAUUACAGGCUAAGAAUGGACAGAGAGAUAGGCCUGUGUUCAUCUUAUCAUAUUCCUCCAAUGCCAAACCAGUAUGUCUUAUUUGCAACGAAACUCUCCCUGUUUGCAAAUAAUGAAAUCAGAAAUGUCAUAAGGAAUCUGAGCAUGGUAGUUUCAAAAGUUAGGCCUACCUUUCCACCCCAGACAGUAGGCCUACCGACACAGAAAAAUGGAAGCCUUAACUGCUGGCGACUCUUCUUCCUUGGCUUAACCCAACAGAGGUAACAAGUGUUUUCUUAAAGCUGUCUGGGUUUAAACAUCUUCUAUUGUACAGAAUGUAAAUAGCUUAAUCAAUUGAUAGUGACAGAAUUAGAUUACUUCCCAAGCAACCAUGUUUUGUCUCCUCGGCUAUAGAAGAUUGUAGCUCAGCCUCUGAAUGUCAAAGAAAUGAAACAAUGAUAUCCACCAUAUGCAUUGGAUUCAUGUCUUUCCGGUGUAUUUUACAGCUUGUUUCUAGCAUAAAGCAUUGCGGACCAAAGCGCUGUUAUUGAUCACUUCAUAACAUUUUUUGCAAAAUCUUAAGCUAACAAUGUGCCUGUGCUUUUUGCAUUUUCUUUAAUAAAAGGUGGCAUACCCUCUCAUACCCCGUCAA